CCCAAUAUAUACUAACAAAGAUCUCAUAUUACUACAAACAAUGGGUUUCUGUAAAAUCUCAACAAUGCUAUUUAUUAUGUUCAUUUGUCUUUUGGGACUUUGCCAAGCCCAAAACACCCAACAGGACUUCCUCAACACCCACAACACGCCCCGGAACCAAGUUGGGGUGAGCAACAUCGUGUGGAACAUCACUGUGGCCAACUAUGCUCUGAACUAUGCCAACGCAAGAAAAGGAGACUGUAAUCUGGUGCACUCUAACGGUCCUUAUGGCGAGAAUUUAGCCAAAGGCAGUGGAUCAUUCUCAGGCACAGCCGCGGUCAAUCUCUGGGUAGCAGAGAAGCCUAACUAUGUCUACUCCUCCAACUCCUGUGUCGGUGGUGAGUGCCUCCAUUAUACUCAGGUUGUCUGGAGUGACUCCAUUCAAGUUGGCUGCGCCAGGGUCCAGUGCACCAACAGCUGGUGGUAUGUCGUCUGCAGCUACUAUCCACCAGGCAAUUACGAGGGAGAGUACCCUUAUUAGUGAGCUAUAGGGUUGGAUAAAUCGAACACAUUAAUAAACAAACUAGUAGAAAGAAGAUUUAUAAUAAGAUUUUGGUUCACUUGUUGUCUUGAUCUACAAGUGAGUCAACCGAUCAACCAUUAAUUAUUAGGAAUAUAUAAAAAUAUAUAUUAUAUAUAUUGAUAUGUAUUAAU